UCUCCCUCCUUGGCAAGCAUCAAGAUGUGGAGACUCCGCCAGGUUCUUCUGCUACUGCUCCUCUCCUUCUCCUUCGCCCAAACAGGUGAGUAAAAGCACCAUGGCAGAUGAUACACCAUGGCGUUUCUUCUCCCUGAAAUCCUACCAGCUGUCCAUUCCUCCUCUGGUCACGACUUGACUGUCUGUCUCCAGGCACUGUCGUCAUCUGCAAGGGAUUCCCACAUGGUAGGGUUGAUGUCGCCAGUCUUCAUGUUAGCAGACCCCUUUGUAAUGCAGAGUUGGUCUGCCAAUCAUAAUAAUGACGUUAUGAGACUCGUAUCUCAAUUCCAGAAUGAGUCCCUCUUGGCAGUCCAUGCAGAAGAAUAUUAAGCUAAUGGAUGAAGAGGUCUUCUUAUGACUGUUCUUGGCUUUCGCUUUGCUAACUUCCUUGCUAGGAAAACCAAUUGUAAGCUCACUGGGACGGUGACCCGUCCUUUUUGCUCCCCCAAUAACUUUGGAAGUGUGGAAGACAGCCCAGAGCAUGCAAGGAGGAGGAGAAGGAGCUGAUCUCUGCAUACGGUUCUUGCAGAUCCAUUACGGAGUCAGAUUGUUGGGGGCCAUGAAGCCAAGCCCCACUCCAGACCCUACAUGGCUGCCUUGAAGUAUCACAAUGGGGAUUUGGGCUGUGGCGGAUUCCUGGUGGCGCCCCAGUGGGUAAUGACGGCUGCGCACUGCAAAGG